AUGUCCGGUUCCCCCUCGCCUGAAAGUCGUUUCGAUCCACUUCUCAGAGACAGGCGCCGAAGGGGUUCUGAUUCACCUAUCCCGUCUCCUGUUCGCGGCAAUGUACAGCCGCUUUUAUCUUACGCGGAACCUCCAGCAAUAGCCCCAGGGCCGGAUGCUCCUCUCCCCGAUUCGCGACGGCUAUCCGCUGGGCAACCGGCCAUGUCUGUCAUAGGCCUACCCGCAAUCGAUGACACUCAACUCCGGCAUACACUUCAGACUGGGCCUCUCCUACCCCCAAGGGCCUCGCCGCUUCCACCCAGAUCCACACGUAGAGCAAAAGCUCAUGUCGCAUCAGCAUGCGUGAACUGCAAGCGGAAACAUCUUGGAUGCGACUCUGCGCGACCAUGCCGAAGAUGUAUUUCAGCUGGUAAAGAGGAAUCUUGUGUGGAUGUGAGACACAAACGAAGAGGCAGACCCCCAUUGAAAGCUGAGGAGGGAACCAUACAGACAUACGAGCCGACAUAUAGCUAUCCAGGAGCAUCUCACCCUCAGCCUGAGAGUUCCUCGCCAGUGCCCCCGUUCUACGGACACAGACGAACUUCUUCCUCUCGUGAAAUUCGCCCUAACACGGAAUUACAGGUAUCAAGGAGAUCUAGUGAAAUCGGGAGUGAAUAUGGGUGGCCAAUGGCUGGUUCCGCGAUGCCUAAUCUCUAA